AGAAAGUUCCUCCUACUCAAUUUGCUCUCAGCUUUUCAAUAAGCACAAAAUAAGAGGAAAUAAUGGAGUAAUAAAUUCACCCUCUUUUUCCGGUCAAAUUCAAGAAUAGGUAAACCCUAAUCUCACUUCUCUCUGCGAAUAACACACUGCUACAAGUGUUGUAGGGCUGAGGUUUCUGCGAGCUUCGCCCGCUCCGCGAUCUCAUUUUCAAUUUCUUCCAAGUCUCCUAGUGGUAAAAAACCGAUUGAUGGCGGAGACGCAGGUGGAGGCGGCAGUGGAUAGGAACGGCGGCGAUCGGAGCGAGACGAGCGAUUACACUACCGAGGAUGAGGGGACUGAGGACUACAGGCGCGGUGGAUACCACGCCGUGCGGAUCGGGGACACCUUCAAACAUGGAAGAUAUGUUGUUCAGAGCAAGCUCGGCUGGGGCCAUUUCUCUACCGUCUGGCUAGCUUGGGACACUCAUAAAUCGAUGUAUGUAGCUCUGAAAGUUCAAAAGAGUGCACAACACUACACCGAGGCAGCAAUGGAUGAGAUCACUAUUUUAAAGCAGAUCGCUGAAGGCGAUCCAGAAGAUAAAAAGUGUGUGGUGAAACUGUUGGAUCACUUUAAGCAUUCAGGGCCAAAUGGGCAGCAUGUCUGUAUGGUUUUUGAAUACUUGGGAAACAAUCUUUUGACCCUAAUUAGGUAUUCAGACUACAAAGGGCUACCUCUUCACAUGGUUAAAGAAAUCUGUUUCCACAUUUUGGUGGGAUUGGAUUAUCUUCACCGUCAACUAUCAAUCAUACACACAGAUUUGAAGCCAGAGAACGUACUACUUCAGUCUAUGAUAGAUCCAGCUAAAGAUCCAAGGAAAUCAGGUGCACCCCUUGUUCUCCCUUCCAGUAAAGGCAAGGUUGGGUCCGAGUCUGAGGCAUCUCAAGAUGCUAAGGGUUCAUAUGGCGAUCUAACUAAGAACCAGAAGAAGAAAAUCCGAAAAAAGGCUAAGCGAGCAGCUCAGAGGUGUGCUGGGAAGGACGAAACUGAGCCAGAGAAUGAGGCAAGUGGGCCUGAAGAUUCUCAUAGGGAUGAUGAGUCCAAUAUAAAGACCAUUGAGGAGCAGGAUACUUCAGUUGCUGAGGCAGCAAACAAUGAUGCAACAAAUGGUUCAAGCAAAGGAACUAAGGGCCAGAAGAGAGUCAGCCGGUCAGAAAAGCACAAGCUCUUAGCUGAGGUUGAACUGAAAUGCAAACUAGUUGACUUUGGAAAUGCAUGUUGGACAUACAAACAAUUCACAAGCGAUAUUCAGACAAGGCAGUAUAGGUGCCCAGAGGUUAUUUUAGGAUCUAAGUACUCAACAUCAGCUGAUAUGUGGUCAUUUGCCUGUAUUUGCUUUGAGCUGGCGACUGGCGAUGUUCUUUUUGAUCCACAUAGUGGUGACAGCUAUGAUCGUGAUGAGGAUCAUCUGGCCCUGAUGAUGGAGCUGCUGGGGAUGAUGCCACGCAAGGUUGCCUUGGGUGGGCGUUAUUCACGGGAAUUCUUCAAUAGAUUUGGAGAUCUGAAGCAUAUCAGGAGAUUAAAAUUUUGGCCUCUCAACAAGGUUCUUGUGGAAAAAUAUGAGUUCCGUGAGCAGGAUGCAAAUGAGAUGGCAGAUUUCCUCGUUCAGGUACUAGAUUUUGUGCCUGAGAAACGGUUAACAGCUGCUAAGUGUCUUAAUCAUCCAUGGAUAAGUGGACGUGCUCGGCAGCAUACCCCAUCUAAUCAACUGAAGCCAGUUGACAAUGGUGGUUCUGAGAAGAAGAGGGAGAAUGAUGAGAGAGAGGCAAUGGAAGUCAGAGUGGGAAACAUGGUCAUUGAUGGAGUGAAAACACCUGGAAAUUCUAAAUCCGUGGCAAGCCCUGUAAAGCAUUGAUAAAUUUUAAUCCGGCAUUGGUUUUUGUUUGUCGUGAUUAGCAAAUCAAGCGGGGGAACGGAGACUAUGUUAAGAUUACAAGCCUAACAUAUGACUCGAUCAUUUGACAUACCAGCGAGGAGCUUGACUGAAUGCUGCUCUUCCUAGGUUUUGGUUUUGAGAGUAUUGUUUUGGUAUAUCUUUAUUGGUUGGUCUGUUGCUGUAUAAUGUUCAAUUUUUUUUUCUUUCUUUGGUGGAUGGGUAUGUGUACUGAAAUUCCCUCACAACUAGUUCCAUCUGUUAUAUGAUUUUUUGGACCUUAAUUAUACAUUCGAUGCUGCAUUUUGUCAUCGGUCUGUAAUGGACAUUCUUAGAUGGGGAAAACUUUACUUUUGAAAUCUUGGUGGAGGUGUUUACUUGUAAUCGAUGUUGCUGUUUUCUUUGCGAUUUA